UGAAUAAAGAAACACCAUAUUUGCACAAUUUCUCCGUUUUUGAUUCUUGCUUCAAUCCCACUCUAAUUUCCCACUCUUUCCUACCCAUUUAUUCACAUCACCUAGCUUCAUCUCUCAUUCCAGAUUCUUAGAAAUCACAAUAACAUCUAAUUAGCAAUUCACCAAUCACCAUGUUCAUGCCUGUAAGCUGCUCAAACUGCAACACAUAUCUGCAGUUACCUACAGGUUCUCAGAUUGUAUGCUGCUCCAGAUGCAUAUUGCGCUUUGCCUACUCAAGAUGUCCUCCUCCUCCUCCUCCUCCUCGCCGGUCAUACUCCUUCUCCUCUUCCUCCUACAACAACCGCCGUCCUUCCCUGUCAUAUGCCUUCUCCUUUUUCUCGUACAACAACCGCCCUCCUCCGCCUUCUCGGUUGCCUUGCCAACGCAAGCGAGCCGUGAUAUGUGGCAUAAAUUAUAAGGGAAUGGGGAAGAACAUGGAGCUCGAGGGCUGCAUUAAUGAUGCGAUUGCAAUGCAGAAUUUGCUAGUCAGGGAGUUCAAAUUCCCUGAGUCUUCCAUUCGCAUGCUCACUGAAAAAGGAGGUCAUCAGCCUCCUACCAAAAUAAAUUUAACGAUAGCACUGCGUUGGCUUGUGCAAGAUUGUCAAGCAGGGGAUUCGUUGGUGUUUUAUUUUGCCGGUCAUGGUGAUCAACAGCCCAACAACACAGGAGACGAGGUGGACGAACUAGACGAGAUACUUUUGCCCUUAGACUACGAGACUAAGGGAGUGAUCGUUGAUGAUGAGAUCAAUGAAAUGAUUGUCAGACCUAUUCCGGCCGGUGUCAAGCUCCAUGCUAUUGUGGAUGCUUGCCACAGUGGUACUGUUCUUGAUUUGCCAUUUCUCUGCAAAAUAGACAAAAGCGGCCAGAGGUGGUUCUGGAAGGACCAAAGACGACCUCAAAAAGCUGGUGUUUGGAAAGGAACGAAAGGUGGAGAGGUCAUUUCCUUUAGUGGAUGUAAUGAUCACCAGUGUGCUGUAGAGAAAACAAUCCCACGGGGUGCCAUGACUUGGGCUUUCGUCGAUGCCAUUGAUCGUGGGUGUGGAAAUACAUAUGGCAACUUGUUAAUUGCAAUGCGAUCUACCGUCCGUAAGGAUUGUAUUGAUACGGAUUCCGCCAUACAAGAACCACAACUAACUUCAAGUGAAGUAUUUGAUGUGUUCACAAGGCCUUUCUCACUAUAGAGAGCUAGGUAGCCACUCUUUUGGUAAGCUAAGAUCCAAUCUUCUUCUUGUCCGCAACUGUGCUCUUUGUAUCUCUAUUUCUACCCUCGUUUCUUCCCAAUCGCCAUUCUUACUCUAAUUGGUUCUUGGCAUGAAGUUCCUGUAAAGUUACUCAUUUACAUGUAAAAUGUUUCUAUUUUCCUGGUGUUUGUCUGGAGACUUGUUCUCCUACCUUUGCGGUUUUACACCCGCCCUCCAGCAUCUUCCUUUUCCGGUGAUCACUCGUCAAAAGCAUUGCGCUCUAGGCAUUACCAAAUUGUUUUCUCAAGGGCGCGACGAUGAGGACAGAGGGAUGGAUAUGGUUGAGAUCAGUGAUAGGAAUGCUUGGUAUCCUGGCUUCAGGAUUCGACCACAAAGGGGAAGACUCAAACCUCUUGUUACUCGUGAAUUUUUUUCGAAAUCUCCAUGGUCCUGGCAUGGGGGUUUGGCUAGAGUUGUGUGGGCUGAGAUGGCAGUGGAGGCGUGUUACAGAACUGUGUUAUGAAGUUGUUUGGGACUGUUUCUGGGUUUGAUUAGGUUUGGCAGUCUAGGGCAGGGCAUGAAGUGGAUCGGGGCGGGAUUUGCCUGUCAAGAGGGACGCGGGGGUGCAAGGCAAGCUUUGGAGAGAAUCUACAGUGUUCUCCACCGCACAGUGGUAGUGGGUCUGAUUAGGAUUGAUGCGGAGCUGAUGGGAGCAGAAACGCAGGUGGAAAUCGGCGUGGAAGCUGUCGGAAAGCAGUCGACGGCGACGGUAUUGGUGGUGACCAGAUCAGUUGGGAGGCCCAACUCCAAUCAGGUGCCUAAACCAAUUCUGAGGGCCAAAUUGGGUGCCCAAACCAAUUCUAAGGCCCAAUGGAGUGUUCAAAGUUUUUAAGAAGGGUUAUUAUCACAAAUGGUACCUAAACUUAUCCUCUAUU